CUGCCUUCCUGUGCUUGAUUCCAGCUGCCUGAAUCAGACCCCCUGCUUGGGCACAGAAUCAUCAACCUGCUGCGCAUUAACCUCCCAAACCGCACUUGGACAUGGUAGUCUUAGGGGACCGGGGAUGCCUUGUAAUGCUGGACUCUGCUCUACAAAGAUCGCAUAGCUGGGGAUGGAGAGGGAUGCGAGCCUGUGAAACCGAACAGUGCCAUCGCCUGACGCCAACGCUGCUGCCUCUGCUCCCUCCUCUGCUCCAGUCCACCUGGUUCCUGCUGCCCGGUAAGCCCGGAGAUGCCUGCUAAGCUGUGGUUCUGUUUCUCUCUCCCUCUCCUCCCUUCCCUCUCUCUCCAUUGGAUUUUCUUAGCUGAUCUCUUUUCCCGUCUCAAAGUUCCUGUCCACUUCUCUCUGGGUCUCUUCAUCCUGUAAUAUGCCUUACUCUGCAAUUCAUUCUAGGCUCCUUUCACAGGUAACUCUGGAUGGUCUCAGUUCGGGGAUUCCCUGCUCUACUCUUCCUGAGCUGAGCUGGGCUCCAGUCUUGUCCCCGCAGCAGACGUGCUUAGGUCCGUGUUGGGAUUUUGGAGCUCUCCAGGCACUUCAGGGAGAGGAGGAUGCAGGAAUAGCUUUGAGCAGAAGAAACUUUCAUGGAUCCCAUCUCCUCUUACCUACAAGGAUCGCUGGAAAUGGGGGUGCUCUUUGCCAGAGUAUGGAGCAGCUGGACGGUAAAAUCUGGUUCUUCAGAGUCUCAGGGAUUCCAACUGCAGAGAUAUGUCCUCCCAACUCCCCUUCCCCCCAGCCAGGUAUAAGCAAAAAUCAGGCAUCAGGAGAGAUGCUGAUGGGUUGCACUAUGGGAAAAGCUGUGGUGACAGGUACUGCGAGUCUGUCCUCCAGGAGUCCUGGCCAACAGGUUGAAGGCUCACUGGAUCUUCCAGCAGUCCACUUGGCUGAGGAGGAAAUGAUGGUGAAAGGAAAGGACACGAGCAGCCUGAAGCCAGGAAGCCAGGGAGUUGGAGGCAGAGGCAGGAGCAGAGCCCAGGUCUGUGGGCUCAAUGAACUUGGAACUGCUACAGGUGGUGACAUUGUUCUUCCCUUGCAUAGGGGCACCAUGGGCUUCUGGAAAUUUCCGCCCUUCCUGGUUCUCAGCAUCCUGGUCCUGUACCAGGCAGGCAUGUUCCACACAGCACCAAUGAGAUUGCCUUUGGAGAGCAGCUUUGAUUCUGCCACACUCACAGAGGAGGAAGUGUCCCUUCUACUGGUUGCAAUGGUGCAGGAUUAUGUGCAGAUGAAGGCCACUGUACUGGAGCAGGAGUCAGAGGACUUCAGCAUCACUGCCCAGGAGAGAUCCUGUAACACUGCUAGCUGUGUGACCCACAAGAUGACAGGCUGGCUGAGCAGAUCUGGGAGCGUGGCUAAGAACAACUUCAUGCCCACCAACAUGGGCUCCAAAAUCUUGGACUGAUGCCGCAGACAGCCUCAGGCCUGAGCUG